AUGGGCGACCGAACUUGGGAUAACCCCUCGCAUCCCCUGACGCCCAUCUAUCCUGCACGUCCCCCCGAAACCCCCAGGAAGCUGUUUCUCGUGCAGGAAUUCUGCAACGGCGGGUCUCUGCGGCAGGCCGUGGACGCCCGCACCAUAUUCUGGGACAGCGAGGCCAAGCAGCCGCGCAUGCGCGACAUCCUUUCGACGGCUAUGGACAUCGCGGCCGGCCUGGAGCACCUCCACUCGAAGCAGAUCGUGCACGGCGACCUCACGCCCAGCAACGUGCUCCUGUCAACUGAGCUGCGGGGCCCAGACGGCGCGCACGUAGCGGUGGCUGGCAUCACCUCGCACGCGCGGCCGCCCUCCGUCGCAAGCCCUGGCGCCGAGCAGGCCCCGGACGCGACGAGCGGCGGCAGCGGCAGCGGGCUGCUUGUCGGGAGCGGCGGCGGCGGCGGCGGCGGCGGGGCAGGCGGCGCCGGCGGCACGCAGCAGCUGGCGGCGUGGCGGACUGCGAAGAUCGCGGACUUUGGUCUGAGUAUCAAGAUGCCAGAGGGUGCGAGCCACGUCAGCAACAUGCGGCAGGGGACGCCCUUUUACGUUGCGCCAGAGGUGCUGCGGCGUGGAAGCAUAACAAAGGCCUCCGACGUGUACUCCUUUGGAGUGAUCUGCUGGGAGCUCUACCACAACAAAAAGCCGUACAAGCGCUCAGAGCGCCGCGGCCACGUGCUGCGCCGCGGCUUCCCUUUUUUCAGCACCAAGUGCCCGCUGCAGUUUGCGCUGCUGGCGACGGCCUGCAUGUCAAAGGAGCCCACGGGCGAGCCGUUUGGCGCGGGCGCUUCAUCGGCGCCCGCACGCAUGGCGUCCGUCCCUUCCGAAGCCCUGCAGGCAGCCGCUGCCACAUCGCCAGCGCCUGGGGGUGGCACGGCCUCCCCCGGCCCCGUCCCGCCCACGGACACGGCAGAGGCGGCGUCAGCUGCGGCUCGCGGCGCCCACGGCGGCGCACCCGGAGGUCCUUGGGGGUCACUAGACGGCACAGGCCCCCACGCUGAGACGGGCGCCGUCCCGGCGGCGGCGGCGGCGGGGGCGGCGGCCUGGGCGCCGCCGCCAGGUCAGCACGAGCUGCGCACGGGCGACUCGUUCAUAAGCAGCAGCGACGACGACGACGAAGGGUGGCCGGCGGACGAGGAAACGCUCACGGACGAGCGCUUCCCGGCAGAUAGCGCAUCGGCAGACGGCGAGGCCGGGGCCGGCGGCAGCAGCGCCUCUUCUGCGGCCCGCGAAGACUGA